GUACUUGUGCAGUUGCUGCUUGCUUUCGAGUCUCGUACGGGACACCAAUCUCAUCAUCUUUUUUGAUUGCCGCUCUUUUCGUCAAGGAGGUUUUCCAGAACCGGGUUUGGAUUAUCAACCUUUUCUUUUGUCGACAACGAAUUGCUCCCUCUUUAACACCGGUCUGCCAUCAUGGAAAUCAACAUUGUGCCGCAGAUCAUCUCAGAAGCUGCCAUAGAGAGAUCCAGUGCUGCACCAUCAGGCAGCGGCGAUGUAAACACAGUACCCAUACCUGCGGCGCUGAUUGACACGACGUUUUCAUCCUCGACGAACCUCACAAGCACAGUACUUGGAGCGAAAGUCCUCUCCUUCUCCGACGAAUACUUCGCCUCAGCCGAGAACCUAUUGACACCAGGCCCACCCAUUCGCAAGGCUGGAUAUUUCGUGCACACAGGUGCGUGGUAUGAUGGAUGGGAGACAAGAAGACACAAUACCAAAGAGUACGACUGGGUAGUCUUCAAGUUGGGGUGCGUCGGGACGAUAGAUGCGGUAGAGGUUGACACGGCAUACUUCAACGGCAAUGAGGCACCAUUUGCAGGGCUGGACGGAUGCUUCCUUGGUCCCGAUCAAGAGGAGGGCAGUGGAGUUGAGAAGGAAGACUUUCAGGGAUGGACCGAAAUCCUGCCUCCUUCAAAGUGCGGACCUAGCCAGCGACAAGCGUGGAAAGUAUCUGGACCAGGAGUAACAGGCAAGGAGUUCACUCACCUACGAUUAAAACAAUAUCCCGACGGUGGAAUUGCUAGGGUCAGAGUAUAUGGAAGCGUCAAGCCCCCACCGUUACCUGCAAGCGCGACUGCGGGCGAGAGACCAGUGGAGGACCUUGCGGCCGCUCUCAAUGGUGGUGUUGCCCUCGAAUGCUCCGAUCAGCACUUUGGUGGGAAAUCAUACUUGCUGUUACCUGGUCGUGGAAAAGAUAUGGGUGAUGGAUGGGAGACUUCGCGCAGCAGGACCAAGGGACACGUCGACUGGGUAAUUGUCAGAUUGGGAUUGAAAGGAAAGAAGAUCGAAAAGGUGAUUGUCGACACCAAAGACUUUCGAGGUAAUUUCCCCAGGGCUGUCAAAGUGGAGGGCUGGUCGACAGAAGCUGCGAAAGCGGCCUUGGGCACUGAAACCGAUCCUACUGUUCAUCAUGCCGGUUGGGUGCCUUUGUUCCUGGGUGAGCAGCCUUGUAAAGCCGAUGCAGAGCAUGUCUUUGAGGGAAGCGAUCUGGUAGCAACAGACGCGCCCGACGGUCACGUCUGGACCCAUGCUAAGAUGACCAUCAUCCCUGAUGGUGGAGUGAAGAGGUUAAGGAUAUUUGGGAAGAGAGCGUAGACAAAAUACAGAAUCCUCCACAUCCCUAGUUCGAUCU